AUGAUUAUUGAAUACAAAGCCCCUCACAAGUUGACACUUUCCAAUCUACAAGCUGGCCUUGCACGAGCCACCGACAGAGGUUCCCUGGAUCUGCCAAAAGAUGUGCUCGACCAUCCGAUGAUCCCAACGGAGCCGGGUGAGAAAUACAUUUACAAAUCGGAGAUGCUAACUGCGUCGGCGCUAACACAAACAUUCGCAUAUAUGGUGGAGAAUGGCCUCGAGUACAGUUAUCUUACGACUGGUGAUGCAUUUGUCUUUCUUCGGAUUCUGGAGGACGAGCCACAUACGCUUUACUACCAUUUCACACAACCUAAGGUUGAAGGGGGGGACGGUAUUGGCGAGCUACUUUGUCGCACAUCAGUCAGUCAGUCAGUGAGCUUCUCUCUGCUUGCUCUCGGAUCGACAACCCGUAGCCAUGAAUGGCGGGCUCGAACAUUGAAAACAGCCUACAAGGUCGGGACUGGCCACGAAGCAAUUCUGCUGCAGAUGCUGCAUGAGGAGGAAGCUGUGACACCGCCAUCGUCGGCCUUUAAAGCUCGGAAGGGCGACUCCAUCUUCAAACGAUCUCCUAUUGCGACACGCUUGAGGACAUCCAGAAAGGGAAGAAACAGGUGUAAUCCUUCUGAGAUAGUGGUAAAGGAAGAUUCACAAGGACCAUCUGAUCAAUCAGACGCAGACGACUCGCCGGACCGUGGUACAUCUCUCAAGCAAAAGCCUCGGCCAAAGACUCCUUCUGCACAGCCAAAAGCCCCAGAAGCUACUGGGACCUCAAAAGACAAUUUGCAGUACUGUACUCAAGCCUGCUUGCUUGGUUUUGUACAACGGAAUAAGCUUGACCAUGCCUGUCCCAACGCAAAUGCACAUCGUCUUGGUGAUAGCGAUGAUCAUGCUAUCAGUCAGAAGUCUUUCUUGCGACUCAUGCGACGUCAGCUCAAACAGACACUUGACAAAAACUGCGAACCUCUUGGGUUGCAGGGUUCUCGAGGGGCCUUAUUCAGAUUGACUCUUGUCCAAUACGGGUAUACGUUUGUGGCCAAGGGAACUGUCGAGGCAUUUGUUCCACAUUUGUUGCAUGAAGGCCAAAUUUAUCAACAGAUGAGCAAAAUUCAAGGACUGGUUGUCCCAGUCUACUUGGGUAACCUUUCACUUUCGAACCCAUACUUUCUGGAUGUCGGAAUGAGGAUCGUUCAUAUGAUGCUGAUGUCAUGGGCUGGCGAAAUAGCGGAACACGAUUUAAUUUCGAGCAUGGGAAAGAAGCUGCAUGAGGAAACGAAGCGGGCUUUCGCGGAGAUUCAGAAACUGGGGAUUGUCCAUGGCGAUAUUCGUGAACAAAACACAUUGUGGAGUGUUGAAAGAGAAGGCAUUAUGUUGAUAGAUUUUGAACGAUCAGUGUCCUUCAAAGAUCGAGAAGCUUUCAAGGCGCUGUCGCCGAAUUCAAAAAGAAAACUUCCACUGACAGAAGAUCUGAUGUCCAACCUAAGAUCACCUGCUAAGUGGAUGGAAUCUUCUGGACUUCGGAGCAUUCAAGUUUGA